UGGUGAUGGGAAUCCCGUGGGCGGUACAAAUAAGCUAUACUUUGUUCAGAGACAUUGACUAGAAAGCUUCAAGUUUUCACCGCUGUGCUGUCUGUACUGCUCCAGGACCAAGACUUCUGUUCUCUGGCUUUGUUCUCUUCUUGGCUCUGGGAAACAUUAUUUGUAAAUUGAAAAGGAUCGCAUCGAUUCCAGGGAACAGCAAAAUGGAUACAGGUUAUUGUGGGUUAGUAAACCAAGGUGCUACCUGUUACCUGAACACAGUGCUGCAGACUUUCUUCAUGACCCCCGAGUUCAGAGACGCUGUACACAAGUACAGUGGGCCUGAUAAAGACGAGGAGAAUAAUCUUUUGUUGCAACUAAAUAAGUUGUUUCUGAAGCUAGAGGAUGGAAAACAUGAAGUUAAAACAACUGGGGUGACAAGAAGUCUGGGAAUGACGUGUCGCGACGUUUGGGUACAACAAGAUGUAGCAGAAUUUUUCAGAAAAAUCCUUAACGAAGUCAGCAAUGAGUCUCCAGUCUCUGAGAAUUACCAGAGUACUGUAAUCAAUGCCACAAAGUGUUUGAAAUGUGAAACGGAAGCCUCAGAUAACAGUAGAUAUCUGGAUAUUCCAUUGCCUCUGAACACCUCUGAUCAUUCUACAAACAUCGCGUACAGUGUGGAGAAUGGUCUUCGAGACUUUUUGAAAAGCGAACUUUUGGAAGGAGAUAAUCAGAGCUAUUGUGACAAAUGUGAGAUGAAAACGGACACUGAAACUAGAUACUAUUUUCAGUGCCUGCCACGAAUAUUGACACUGCAGCUGAAGAGGUUUCAGUUUAACUAUUAUCAAAUGAGCUUCGUGAAGAUCCAGUGUCCUGUGGAGAUUCCACUGGAAUUACGAUUUCAGAAGGCACCAACUGAAAAUACUGAAUGGUGUUUAAGCGCUACGAUACCACAGAGUAUGCCUCAACAAAAGUUGUAUGAAUCCAGUAAAAUAAAGAAAGAAAUGGCACCAGCUGACAUCUGGAAAUACAUGUUGAAAAUGAAGAGGUCACGACAUGGAGGUCACAGCGAUAGCGUGACAUCCUCAAAGAAAAAUGGCAAGAAAUCUUGUAGCAAAGCUACCGAUAUAAAGAAGAAAGUGUCAUUGAAAAUGAAGACGCGGUCACGACAAAAGCUUAAUAAACUUAAAGAAAAGAUACAAGAAAUUGCAAUAGCUACGAGUAAAAGUCAGGAGUCUCUCAGAUAUGAGCUGUUUGCAAUAUGCGACCACUCAGGAGGUUACAAAGGUGGACAUUACACUGCUCGUAUCAAAUCAUUUGAGAAUAGCAAGUGGUACACUUUCAACGAUUCAUUUGUUCAGGAGUACCUCAUGGAGCAAGUCACAGGCUUUAGACAAAGUGUGAUGAAAGAAAAGGUGCCCUGUAUAAGCUCCUCCACAGCCUACCUGCUUAUGUACAGAAAGAGUGAAGCCAGUAAACCAGACAAUAACAACACUGUGAAUGGAAACCAGAGGGACACAAGCAGCACAGAAUCUGUGAAUGGAAACCAGUGGGACCCAAGCAGCACAGAAUCUGUGAAUGGAAACCAGGGGGACCCAAGCAGCACAGAAUAUUUGAAUGGAAACCAGUGGGACCCAAGCAGCACAGAAUCUGUGAAUGGAAACCAGUGGGACCCAAGCAGCAUAGAAUCUGUGAAUGGAAACCAGAGGGACCCAAGCAGCACAGAAUCUGUGAAUGGAAACCAGUGGGACCCAAGCAGCACAGAAUCUGUGAAUGGAAACCAGAGGGACCCAAGCAGCACAGAAUCUGUGAAUGGAAACCAGUGGGACCCAAGCAGCACAGAAUCUGUGAAUGGAAACCAGUGGGACCCAAGCAGCACAGAAUCUGUGAAUGGAAACCAGUGGGACCCAAGCAGCACAGAAUCUGUGAAUGCGAACCAGGGGGACCCAAGCAGCACAGAAUCUUUGAAUGGAAACCAGGGGGACCCAAGCAGCACAGAAUCUGUGAAUGCAAACCAGAGAGACCCAAACAGCACAGAAUCUGUGAAUGGAAACCAGGGGGACCCAAGCAGCACAGAAUCUGUGAAUGGAAACCAGUGGGACCCAAGCAGCACAGAAUCUGUGAAUGGAAACCAGUGGGACCCAAGCAGCACAGAAUCUGUGAAUGGAAACCAGUGGGACCCAAGCAGCACAGAAUCUGUGAAUGCGAACCAGAGGGACCCAAACAGCACAGAAUCUGUGAAUGGAAACCAGUGGGACCCAAGCAGCACAGAAUCUGUGAAUGCAAACCAGAGGGACCCAGGCAGCACAAAAUCUGUGAAUGUGAACCAGAGGGACCCAAGCAGCACAGAAUCUGUGAAUGCAAACCAGAGGGACCCAGGCAGCACAAAAUCUGUGAAUGGAAACCAGUGGGACCCAAGCAGCACAGAAUCUGUGAGUGGAAACCAGAGGGACCCAAGCAGCACAGAAAGCCCUAAAGAAGGCUUUCCAGAUGAGCAACUGUUCCUUGGCUUCUUAUUGACCCAGCAGGACCAGAACUGGAAUGCAGGAUUCCAAGGAGAUCUUCAUGCUCGCCCCAUACUGGAGAGAAGGGGCAUGGGUGGUGAAGAGGAGGAAGGUUGCAAAGACAUCGAUCGACCACAGCAGCUGGAUCCUAGUGGGCACUGCUGCCAGGAGCGGUCGAGCAGUUCCCAGUUUCGGUGGCAGGGGAGUGACGAUGGCUACACAUGGCGCAGUGGGGCUGCAGUGGUUUGUGGAGGAGGUGGCCAAUCUACAGGCCAAAGGCGAGCGGCAGCUCUGCAUCUGCCAGCUGGGGGUAGACCCAUAGCCAGUAGGGAUGAGAGGAGCACAGCCGGGAGGCCCACUACACCAGCCCUGCUUAUGGAACUUAAACCAGACGACAAGAAAAUUAUGAUUGGAAAUCAGAGGGACUCAAGAAGCACAGAAAACCCUAUUGAAGGCUUUCCAGAUGAGGAUUGGAAGUGGGAUGUGCCGGCCAUUCUGGGGAAGAAAACGGACGGCAGCUGGUGCUUACGUGUGGACUUCAGCAAGAUCAACCCUGUCACAACGAAGGUCUCAUAUCUCCUGCAUCGAAUCAGCGAGGCUCUGGACUACAUCUUUGGGUCUUGUUGGUUCUCUGAACUUGUUGGUUCCCUGAACUUGCGCAGCGGAGACUCGGAGGUACAGCUUUCUCUGGAGUUUUGUCCUAAAACCAUGGUCUCCAUUGACCGAGAAUUUUGGCAGUUCCAGAUGAAGCUGUUUGGAGAGUUUACCUUCGAGUGCCUGGUGAAGCGCGUGCACGUUUCAGGGACCCGGACGAGGUGCGUAAUUUAUCUGGAUGACCUGGAGGUGCACACCCCCAAGUUCUAGAUGGCAGCCGAGGUAGCGGCGGUGAGGAACUGGCCAGCCCCUAAGACUGUGUCCGAGGUACACAAUGAUAGAGAAACAGUAAUACUAUAACCCACACAGUCCCCCAAAAAAACAUUUGUUAAAUGAAUGUAAUGAAUAACUUGAACAAAUAUUUUAAAAUGAUGUGUUUUUGGAAAGUAUGUCCUUAUGAACCCUUUUAUUCAAAGUGGAUGUGUGCAGGAAUCUGCUGUGUAGUGGAGGACUGAGGUGUAACUCAAAGAUGGCUGUGGUGAUGGCCCCCCCACCGCCUGCCCGGCUUGGUUCUGUCUCCCCAGGUUUGAGAUUGACAGUCGUCACUGCGCUAUGAAGCCAGGAUUUAAUGCAUUUUUUUUUCUCUCCGAAUAAUGAGUAAUAACAAAAUUACCAAUGUAUUACUCAUACUCUGAAAAAUGGCCAUACUCAUUAUGAACAUUCGUUCGUACUUGUUGCUCGGCACUGCUCUAUCCGAUACCUAUUAAAAGAUCACUAGUCCAAUGUACGAGAACACAAAAUAUUUAUUGUUAGAAAACAAGCCAAAGUGGUUUAUUUUACAAUUUAAAAUGUUUAUUUUUAUUGUUUUUUUUAUUUAUUUUUAUACAAAAACAGAUGAACUAGGUGACAUUGACAGUAUACUGUACUGGAAAGCAGUAAUGCCUGUGCAGUGAGCGUGCAUGUACAUAUGCAAAUCGAAGCAGAUGCCUUUGACACGACAGCCAGGGUGUACCCACCCAUGACUGGGAGUUACAGACGUGCGCUUCUCCAGUGCGAGUCAUGACCAGGGCUGGGAGAGGGGGGGCUGGAGCUGCCUAAGCCUCCCCUACAGUCACUCCUCCUGGAUCAGCAGCACAGUGCACUGGGACUCCACCAGUGGAGAACACCUCGGGUCUAGCUGCUGUAUCACCAAGGCAAACUCAGCUAAGCAAGGGGGUAAAUCUUCACAACAAUGUUGAUUUGAAACCAGUGCUGUGACAUUAUUACUUGGUUUAAACUGAGGUCCGUGAAAUUCGAGCGAGCGAAUGCAAUGAUCAGAGCAGUAUAUUAAUAGCACCCUGCUGGUAAACCAGCAAGACGUGUAACUUGUUUGAAAACCAUCAACAAUGCAAUGACGAUAAGUUGUAACUGCCAUCCCCGCCUCCGGCUUACCUUAGCAUCUGUUUCUAAUUCAAAACAAAAAGAUGAAAAAAAGGGGCAAAAGCCAACAGGGGCAACAUUUCUACAAGUGCAAAACACAACAGCAUACCCUUCUCUUUCCAUACACAAUGCGGGUGUGUUUGUUUUUCAUAUUGCAAUGGCCAGCUUGUAGCAGAGUGAUGUCACAAUAGCAGCUUUGUGAGCUUAGAAUUCCGAGCUCCCCACAGCAGCAGGAACGCAAAUAACACAGGUGAUGAAACGGUUCAUCACAUCACUGAGAGCCGGAGUGAACCCGCUCCAGACGACACGUUUCUUAUGCUUUAUCUUUGAGGUGUUCUAACCACCAACAGGGCAGCUGUCUCUUCUGUAACAAGCCCGCUUACAGAAAUGGUAACACCUGAAUAUAACGCUUGUGUCCAUCUGCCGAGGCUCGUACUGGCAUUGUGUGACACGUUCCCACAGCAUUGGAGACCUCAAAGACAAAGGACUUCCACAACAGAUCGUGAAUCGAAGAAACAUACAAGUUACUUUUCUUAUUCCACUUCAAUGCCAAAAACGUGAAAUAUAUAUAUUGCUGGUAUGGCACCCUGAAAACCCUAACGGUGUCCUGUAGAAUUAUUGUGGUCGUUUUUAGACCCUUGGUAGCCUGUCCUGUUGUGUGCUGUGCUCUUCUGCCCUGCUGUCAUAGAAAAAGCGCUAACAAGCCCUCAAGCUGUACUUUUUACAGUGCAGGGCAGUACUGCAUUGUGUCUUUUCAGGAAGUUUCUUGAUUGGGAGUCAUGUAAACGAUUUCACAGUUCAAUUAGCCAAACAAUUCAGUUUUACCCUCUGGUGCCAUUUAGAUGUGGAUAACAGAGGUGUUAGUGUACACACUUUUUUCAGUUUAUCUGAAUGUGUUCAUUUUUCCAGCUGGGUAGUAUUAAUGUCCUGAGAGUUUUUUAAACGGUUACAUCUUUGAAUAGCAGUGGAAAUAAGCAUGCUAAUAAACACCCAGUAAGCUCACUGAAAAUCCAAUUUGACAAAAACAUGUAUUUACAAAUAUACCCAAGUAAAAAAGAGUGGAAAUGAGCAGGUAGACACCAAUCUUAUCUGUAAGCCUUGUACCAGCUUUGGAAAAUCGGGCUCCACUGGUGGACUGCCCUCAAAGCAGUUCUAUCAUGGACAAACGUGCCUGUUUGUUAAGCUGGGUAAGGCUGCCCUCUAGUGAACAUUCUUGGGAUUACACUCUGCAUUCUCGCCAUUCAAACAAUGACAGCUGACAGCUGCUGGUGAAAUUCAGUGAAUACUGAACAGACUAGUGAGGAUUUAGACCUGCUUUACGUCUAAUGCAUUUCGGCUACAACUGAUUUAAAGCAUUAAAAUGUACUGUGUGUGUACAUUAUAUAUAUAUAUAUAUAUAUAUAUAUAUAUAUAUAUAUAUAUAUAUAUAUAUAUAUAUAAGAUGUAAUAGAGCCAGUUGGAGGUGACAGUUGUUAUAUCUAUUGUCAAUAGUGCAAAAGCUUCCCUUGAUAAGGCACCAAGAAGUUCUAAUCUGUCUUACAUACCAGCAUGGACGUACAGGUUCUGGCUCUACUGCUUUACAGGGACUGUGAUGUCUUUAUUUCUUAAUAGUCACCUCCAGCACGUUCAGUUUAACCGCGUGAUCUCACAGUCCUUGGUGCAAGCUCUUCCUGCAAGUGUGUAUUUAUUGAAAUUGGGGAAAAAAGGUCUAGCAAUCGAUGCCGAGCUGCAGAAACAAAAUUUAAAUAAAAAAAGAACCAAACUUCCCUCACCGCGCAAUGAGGUAUUCUUACCUGCACUAGGAAGGAGGGGUUCAACCUGCAUCCAGUGCUCAAAGGCUAUGCCUGCUUGCCUGGUAACAGUUCAUUUAGGGAACCAGGCUUCACUGGACCAGGGUGGACAAGCUGGAGGGACUCUAGGUGGGUAAUGUUAGCUUUAUUACACACACCUGCAACUUUACCACUGUCACUGUCAUUCAAGAAAGGAACACGGUCAGGAAAAAGCUUAUUAGCACCAUCUAGUGGAACACUUCUUUUACACACCAAUAAAAAGACUUUUUACUUCCGCAGGGACCCAUUAAAAACUGUAAGCAUCACUCUGCCAGCUUAACCUUGCAGAGGGAGGACAAAACGACGAGCAGCUGUUACUUUACUGCUUCGUGUAAAGGAUCUACUUGUAACAAUAUCGUCUGGUUUCACAGAUAGACUAAUCUUGCACUAUCUAACCUAAAUUAACAAUAACAAGUCAAAGACUAGUGUGAUCAGAGCCUGUGAAAGCAGCUGUGUAAGUGUGGUGGACACGUUCCACCAGCUAACCACUGAUUGGGAUGCUACCAAGUUCUACCUCCAGACUGGAAUACAAACGUAACUGUGACAAGACAGAGGGUGUUUAAGCAACACUGGACUAGCGCUGCUCCUGGUAUAGAUAAUAAACUGGACCCCUACCUCUGGGGUGGUAUAAUACAUAUUUGUUACAUUAAACAGGAUUAAAAACUGCAGUACAAAAGCUGAUUGUCUCAUUGACAUGUUUCACUCCUUGGAUUAGAAACAAUGCUGUUUGUUUUUUUCGGAUAAAAAGAUGAACCAAUUAGAUUUAUAUGAUGCAAACUGCAUACUAUAGACAUCCAACCGCAUUGCAUGCUGCUCCCUUAAUUAACCCCUUUAGAAAAUGGAUGUACUCCACAAACACGCUCAGUAGCCCAACAGUAUGAUUACAGUCCUCUUGAUUUCCAUUGUGAAGUGGCUACACUGAUUCAAAUACAUUUCCCUGUGCAUCCCAUUACCUUUGGAAGUGUAGUGUGUUACAAUACCAGUAUACAGCAUGCAAAGCGUGUUCUCUUAUAGAUGAGGCAUAUAUACAUACAAUGCCUUGCAAAAGUAUUCAGACCCCUGACCAAUUCUCUCAUAUUACUG